AUGCAUACCCAGAAGCUGGGUGUCGUCGAGAACUCUCGACAUGAGGGCUCACCCGAUGUGGACGAGAAGUCUGCGACCAUAAAUACGCUUCACGAUGACACUGAUAUGCACCGCAUGGGCAAGACCCAGCUUCUAAAAGUUGGACGCUCAUUCCGUUCAAUCGCCGUCCUAGGCCUUACAUGCGUUGUUAUGGGCACCUGGCUAGGCAUCAUCACCGCCUCGACCUUCUCCCUCAUCAACGGUGGCCGCGCAGGAACCAUCUGGGUGUACGUCGCCACAUGGCUCUGCUCCAUGCUCGUCAUCGCCUCUCUCGCGGAAAUGGCCAGCAUGAGUCCCACGAGUGGAGGGCAAUACUUCUGGGUGAGCGAAUUCGCGCCUCCUCGAGCACAGAAGGCCAUGAGCUAUCUGUCUGGUUGGCUGUCGGCACUUGGAUGGCAAGCCUUCGUUGCAGUCGCCGCGUAUCAGGCUGGCAACUUGAUCUUGGUCCUCGCGACGUUGCAUUCUCCGGGAUAUACACCCGAGCGGUGGCAUGGUACCCUGAUCACUAUGGCCAUUUGCGUAUUGGCGGUCCUUUUCAAUGCUUUCGGCGCCAAGCUGCUACCACGCUUCGAAGGCGCCGUGCUGAUACUUCACCUUGCUGGCUUCUUAGCUGUGAUCGUUCCGCUGUGGGCGCUCGCUCCGAAAGCAUCUGCUGCGGAUGUCUUUACCAAGUUCGAGAACAACGGUGGAUGGAGCAGUGUGGGUGCAGCCUGCGUCGUUGGACAACUGAGUGCAUCAUCUGCUUUUAUAGGAGCAGACUCGGCAGCUCAUAUGGCUGAAGAGGUCAGCGAUGCGUCGCUGACCGUGCCCCGCAUGAUGAUGGGAACCAUUGUCAUCAACGGGAUACUGGGUCUGGUCACCAUCAUCACUUUCGUCUUCUCGAUUCAAGAUCUGCAGACACAGAUUGUCGAAUCAACCUCAACAUACCCCUUCAUCGACGUUUUUCGAACCGCAGUCGACAGCGACGCCGGUGCUAUUGGAAUGACCGUUCCCAUCAUCGUCCUCUCCAUUGCAAUGUGCAUCAACGCCGUGGCGGCAGGAUCUCGUCAGGCAUGGAGCUUCGCACGCGACGAGGGCCUUCCCUUCCGGUUGUGGUUCACCAAAUUGGUCACCAUUGGAGGCACUCCACUACCAAUCAACUCCAUGCUAGCAUCUCUCACGAUCUCGGUGGUACUGUCACUGCUGAUUCUGGGGGGAUCCUCGGCUUUCAACUCCAUUCUGGGGCUCGUCACUGGAGCGGUUGGAUUGACGUACGCGGUGAGCAUCUCGUGCGUGCUCUGGCGUCGUCUGUUUGGAGAGCCGUUGCCGCCUGCUCGCUGGAGUCUGGGUCGAUUCGGGGUGUACAUCAACGCCUUUUCGGUGGUCUACCAGGUAUUCACCGUCAUCAUAUCUUUCUUCCCCGUGGAUAGAUCCGUGACGGCGGAGACGAUGAACUGGGGAUGUGCCAUGUUCGGAGGCGUCGCGAUACUCUCAAUCGCGUGGUAUUUCAUCAAAGGGCGAAAAGCAUACAAAGGCCCAGUGGUGUACAUAGUCAAAGAGUAG